GGGGCCAUCUUCAGCGGGCCGGCCGGCUCGGCCAGUGCCGCCCGCAUCCACGUUCCUCGCCCGGGGCCAUGGCGCCGCGGCCGCUGGGCCCCUUGGUGCUGGCGCUGGGCGGCGCCGCGGCCGUGCUCGGCUCGGUGCUCUUCAUUCUCUGGAAGGCCUACUUCGGCCGCGGACGGGAGCGGCGCUGGGACCAGGGCGAGGCCUGGUGGGGCGUGGAGCCUGCCCGUCUCCCGGAGUGGGAUGAGUGGGAGCCCCAGGACGAGGAGGACGAGGAGCCGGCGCUGGAGGAGCUGGAGCAGCGCGAGGUGCUGGUGCUGGGGCUGGACGGUUCGGGGAAGAGCACGUUCCUGAGAGUGCUGUCCGGGAAGCCGCCGCUGGAAGGCCACAUUCCCACCUGGGGCUUCAACUCCGUGCGGCUGCCCACCAAGGACUUCGAGGUGGACCUGCUAGAGAUCGGUGGCAGCCAGAACCUGCGCUUCUACUGGAAGGAAUUUGUGAAUGAAGUGGACGUGCUGGUGUUCAUGGUGGAUUCGGCUGACCGGCUGCGGCUGCCCUGGGCCCGUCAGGAGCUGCACAAGCUGCUGGACAAGGACCCUGACCUGCCUGUCGUCGUGGUGGCCAACAAGCAGGACCUGAGUGAGGCCAUGAGUAUGGUGGAGCUGCAGCAGGAGCUGGGUCUGCAGGCCAUCGACAGCCAGCGAGAGGUUUUCCUCCUGGCAGCCAGUGUCUCCCCUGCAGGACCCGGCUUUGAAAACCCCGGCACCGUGCACAUCUGGAAACUACUCCUGGAGCUUCUCUCCUAGUCAGCGCGCCCAACUGCUCGCCCCAGCCUUGAGAACCCCAGUUCUGCUGCUCCCGUUCUUCCUGGCCUGGGCCUGGGGCAGGCGCCCCAGGCAGCACCCAUUCUCCCUCCUUGAUCCCCUUAAGACAGUGCCUGGGCCACAUGGAGAACUUCACCAAAGCCCUCCUAGUUAGGUGGGUAGCCCUCGGGCUAAAGCAGUAGUGGGUGAGGCCAGUGGUGGGAAAAGUGUGUGUCUGCUUCAUUCCAUCUAGAAUAGGGUCCAGCUUUUGUCCUGAAGGCAUCCUUCCCUGACCUGAACCAUGAACUUUCAGUGGGUUCUUUUCUCCCCUUCCAGUGGGUCCUGGUGGUUGAGGGCCAGUGUAGGUAUCAGGAGUACUCCCAAGCUAGAAGGUCCCCUCCUGGUGACUCCAUGCACAGGUGGGUUGUGGGUUCCCAGUCUGCAUUUCCUGCUGCCCCACCUCUGCCCAACUAGCUAGUGGCCCUGUGCAAUCCCUGCCUCCAGGGCCUUCACUUUUAAAGAGAGGUGAUAUCCAUGUCUUUUUCUGCCUUGGAAGGAUGUUUUCCAGCCCCGAGGAAAAAGGUGAAGGAUCAAAAGAGCUUUCUGAAGACCUCCCUGCUUUCCCCUAAACUGUGUUCUGACUGGCCAGUCUUUCUCUCUUACUUGCAGACUAAGUGGUAUUCAACCCCUAACAAGAAAAAAACUAAACUUUUCCCUCUCUCAUCUGGAGACAGAAACUGCUGCUACUGCACUAACUGUGCCAGUGCCCGUGUUUACAUUAGCCUGGGGAAGGAAGGCGCCAUGUCCCUGGGGGAACAUCGCCCACCAGAUGGGUCAGAACUGCUUUCUAAUUAUUUAUUUAUUUAUCAAAGGAACAGACCAGGGUUUUAGGCUCUGUUUCUAGGUGCUGUUACCAAAACCCCAGGUGAUUGUCACGGGGAAUUUGGAACUUUGAGGAAAAUAACCAGAAUCAAGAAUGACCUUUGGAUGUUAAUGGAGAUAGAGCUCUGACUUCCCCACCCAGCUAUAAUUGGUACCUUAAUACUUCUCACUGAUCCACCUGAACUUAAACACCACGAUAUUGAAGGGACAUGCGUCUCUUGUGUAGCGGUAACAAACGGAGAGGACAUUGAAUCAUGCGAGUCCAGCUCCAAAGAAAUGGAAUCACAGUCCAGCCAAUUGGAAGUCCUUGGGUCCAUCAUCAGCCUUUCUGGACCCGUAGGUUCCCCAGCUAAAGCAAAAUUGGACGGAGUUUCUGGCAUUCUCUCCAGACCGCCUUCCACGAUUCUCGUUUCCGGUCAUCAGCCAGUGUAAAGACUGUCUGUGUUGACUUUUCUCUUUAGUGCAGGCAGAAGAAGGAGCCUUUUGUCUGUCAGGGGCCACUGAAUAAUGAGCAGGCACAAAUGGACAUUUUGCUUUUAAUUGAGAACAGAGACUGUGCCUUCCUUUCAUUUGACAUUGACUGUGUGUGCUUCAAUUCCAGGCUAUGACCACACUAGGAGAGAAGUGGGGAGGGGUUGUGGGCUGGGAAGCUUCUGGAUUUGAGAACUGAGCACAGACGUGGGAAGAAUAGUCUACUGAGCGUGUGGGCUGCAGAGAUUGGAAUGGAGUCCAGUCCUUUGAACUGUUGAUGAAAUUUUUGCAUUAACAAGUGAUUUUUCUGCUUUUAUUUAAAAUAUUUAAGGAAUGACAUGAAGUAUAGCAUAACCUUUGAAACUGCUGCCAACUUUUCAUUUUGCCAUUGGAAGGUCAAGCAAUUUCAUUGUCUUACAAAUUCUACCCUAUUCUCUGGUGCUUGAACCAGCAGUAUUGAGGGACUUUUUCUUCUAAUUAGGAACUGCGUUUGGUCCAUUAAGUAUCAUGCUGUAGUCCAGUUUUAAAUACCCAGUGGAAUAGCCUUUUAAGUAUACCUACUUGAGGAACUUUGAAAGACUACUCAAGUUAACAGCUCCCAGUGACUCAUGGGGGGAGACACAGCACGGAAGGUGUGGAAGAUGAAGCAUCAUCCCUCCCACACUUAACUAACCCAGAGCAUAGACCUUCUGUUGGCCUGUGGGGUGCCUCACCAGGUUUGUGACUGACAGCUGCUUUCCUCUGUGGGGACUGCUGGCCAUUAUCCAGGCAGGGUGCCAAACAGUGCCCAUCUGCUUUGGUUUCUGCCAAGACCAGACUGGCCAAGCCUGGGCUGGGGGAGGGUCAGAACAGCUUACCACCUGCCUGUGCUACAUUUAACCAUUUGCUCCUUAGUGGGACUUUGAUUCAGGAGCCCAGAUCUCUAGCCCUUGGGAACCAGUCCCAUGACCUGGACCUGCUAUCAGUGUGGUCCCUAAGCUGGCCUGGGUGAACCUCUCCCAACUCUGCUUGACUCCCCAGCUACCUACUCACUUGGUCACAGGACAGAAUUCACAAGCAAAUUCUGGAUAUGAGAGAGGAGGUGGCACUGACCAUACCAUGCCCAUUCUUUAUGCCAAAGGGAAGCCUCCACUUCUACUUGAACUUGCACCUGCAUCGGAGCCUUCUGUUUUCAAGAGUUAAGUGAAGCGGCAACUUUCUGGUUUUGCCGUCCCACACCUAUUGCCAUCCCUUUUGAGAAGAGGCCAGCUGGGCCCAGAGUUGCACAUGCGGAGGAUCUGGGCAAGAGAGCUUUGAAGUUUAAGACUGCUGGGACCACACCUUGAACUGGCUGCCUAUUCCAAGCCUCUUGGGCGCAUCUUGGUGCCUGGAACUGCAGGUGUUGGGCUUGUGCUGAGGUGGUAUCCAGCUCUAAGGACCAGGGAGGAGAAGUCCAUCCAGCUCAGCCUCCUGGUGGUUAGCAGAGAGGUGCUGAUGAAAAUAUCUACUCUGGCCCUCUACCUGAAUGAAACACCAGAUUUUCAAAAAAAAGUUUCCACUUGCCUUUGAAAAACACUGUAUUCUUGCGCUAGUUUAGUAGCAACUGCCAGCAUUUUGAACCAGCUGCUUAUUUCUGUGGUGUCAUAUAUAACUGCCUCAGACCUCAGUCUGAGUGGCCAGCCCAAGUGGCUGGCUGCUCACUCAUCUUCAAAGCCCUCUAGUCACUGUGGAAAAGAGGGUCUCCAUCUCUUCCUCAUCUGCUGCCUCCACUAGAUGGGCCCAUUCAGGGUCAAAGUCAGGAUUCCAUCAAAGAUCUGGAAGUAAAAGGCCCUGCUUCCCAGCCGUGCCUGUGAACCUAGGCCUCGGGGUUACCAUGGAACCAGCUGCACAAGACAGUCAUUGGCUAUUUGAGGUAGACAAUAAAUGCCAAAAACUGAUGUGA